AUGAAAUUUACUUUUUUUGUAGAGUCGGCAACACCAACAAGUGGAGGGGCUGAUGGAGAAAUGAUAGAUAACUCCACGGCAAGUAUGUAUAAGUUAGGAAUAUUGCUCUAGCUUCAAUGUAAUUAUUUAAUUAUUUUACAUUUCCAACCUCAACCCACAGGUGUAUAGACAAAUCUAUCUUAACAGCCAGCUGUCAAACCUGUAAUGAUGAAACCGAAAACAAAACCCACCUUUUGCGAUUGCUCUUUGCACUACUAAAACAUCUUCUCUUUACAAAUCAAAGAUUCAUAAUUAAAAAAGGGAAAUUGAAAUAAUUAAAGCGUGUAAUUAUAGUAAACUCUUAACCUUCAGGUCUUCCAUAGAUAUCAAUUUGUCGCUGGCUUAAUGCUUCUUGAAACAUUAUCCAAAAGUUAAAGAUUACUGCAUUAAACUAAUUAUUUUCCUGUGAUUUUCGCUCAUGGAAAUGCAGAAUUUAUAAAGCUAUCCCUGGCCUUUCCCUCACUGAAAAAUUUAACCAUUUACUAGCAGAACGAAAUGAAGCUGAUCUUUCCGUUUGUCGAAAGUACGUAAGGCAAAGAUUCUUGUGAUCUAGAGGAAUUUCCUACGAUUUAGACAGUAACGAAGAAAAAAAGAGAGCUGAAGGAUAUAUUUUCUUUGGUAGUAAUGGAAUAAUUCCCCUGGAUACUACGCAUUGUACUUUACUUGAGUAAACAUUCUGUGGAACUCGUCUGGCGAGGUAGUGAUCAGUGCGUCUUGGAACCGUUUUUAAACUAUCCGUAAACGCAGUUUCUUUCUUCAAUUAACGUACAAGGUAUGAAGUAGAUUGGGAACAUUCUUUUUUACGUUUCUGCAGAACUGGGCCUCGUAUGCCACAACGAAUACAUCGAGGUUACCUUGGAGAGCAAGAACUACCCAGGACUGGACACCAACGUGACUCAUCUCCAGGACGAGGCCUGUGUUCCCGGGUAUCGAGAUGCAACAAAGGUUAUAUUUAGGUUUGGCUUGGGGGACUGCCAAACCGAAUAUGAAGAAGACGAAAGUGAAAUUCGCUACAUGAACAAGAUUAUUGCUGUAGUAAACGACGAGAAUGAAGAGGGAGCCAUCACUCGAUCAAGUACAAGAGUGCUUCCCUUUCAGUGUUCCUACAAGAAAAAGGCUGUUAUCUCUAAAGUGCAAGUCAAUCCUCAGUUCACAAAAAUCAUAACCAAUACAGGUAACAACAACAAGUGCAAAUAUAAUAAUGCCUGUUUACUGCUUUUUGAUACACGCCAAUGGCAAUAAAUCAGUAAAUGGAUAAUUCUAAGAUGCUGGGCAAAGUCCCUUAAUAUAUACAACUUACAAUUAAAAUUAUAUAAAAAUGCCCUAUAUAACUAAAUCCUUAAAGUCUUGAAAGUAAAUACUUAAAGACUCCUUAAAGUCUUCAUUUGAAGACUCCUUAAAGUGCAGAACACUUUAAGACUCCUUAAAGUCUUGACUUUAACACUCCUUAAAGUCUUCACUUUAAGACCCCUUAAACUGUUCACUUUAAGACCCCUUAUAGCGGAGCUCCACGCGCGCGCGAAGCGCGCUCGUGGGCGGAGCCCCAUAGCUAAGUAAAUGCACCCAUCUCAGAAAAUUUGGUAAUCACGUGACCGUACACCGACCGCCGACCGCCGACCGUCCGUCCGCACCACAGGAAGACCAAUUUUUACUCUCACACUUUUAGCUAGUUUGGGAGCCCAAGAGAAAACUAAUUGCACAUCAAUGUUGUGAUCAAUUGACAGCUAUCAAAACAGAGCAUCUGCUGACCAGUAUCACCUGACCGUACCGCGGGCUCAAGUGUUGACCCAUCGAGGUCGAGUAUUUUUUGAAGUUAUCCGCUGAUAAAUUACCAGUUUCAAAUGAUCGCAGGCUCAAGUUUAUUUUUUCCAAGGAUUCAUAUCAAAUAUGUUGUGUUUAUGUCACUAUGGCCCCUUACUAUUAGGAUUUUGAUUUCAAACUGACCUCAGUUUUUUAAAAGUACAGGCGGGGAAGACCUUAUCUUACCAUGGUCACGCGUUGGUCACGCUCUACGUCCAAUUUUUAUACUCUGAUUGGUCAAAAUUCGACAGGUGAGUUCAUGCGGAAAAAUUAUGCAGCAUCUUGAAAGUUGUUUACUUUGACAGCUAAAGCUGACAGAGUUUUGUGUCAACUUGUGAUGUUUUUAACUGUCUUUUUCCACUGGAUGUACAAAAUGAAAUACAGCUGCUAUCAAGAGUCUUCUGUUAUUCAUGGCUGGUUUGUUUACUGGGUUUUUGGUGGAGAAAUGCGUCGCUUGUCAAAAUUCGGUAAUGUGAUUUCGGAUGGCAUCGUUUUCGAUUUUCACCUUGCUUAAUGCGUAAGAGGGUUUAAGUCUCAAGCAAAUAUGGCCUUCCUUGAUAGCUUUCAGGAACUGAAUCUCGAAUAGUAAGCCUGAGUAAUUAUUGUAUUUGAUGUUUGUUUUUGUUAUAUCUAAUUUCAUGAAGUCUUGCACAGUUCACGCUGACAGUUUAUGCGGCAAGUUUAUGCACGUUUGUAGGAUUUGAGACAAUGACCUGACCUAGUAUCAGGUUAGAUAUAAGCUUGAGAACUUUAAAAAGCCUUCAGAUAUAUUUGCUCACCAUAAAUAGAAAGAAAACGUUCCGAAGAAUAUUUAGUUGUAAAUUUGGCUGUGGAAAGAAAACUUUGAGCGAUUUUCUUGCUUCGAGGAGUUCACCUUCGAAAACAGUAAACACCGCGUCGGGAAGCCGGCUUAAGCUUUACUUUACGCUUAAAGACUUUUGAAGCACUUUAAUACUUGUCUUCGUGAAUGAAAAUUAUUGUCUCUGUAAAUGUUUCAUCGAAUUAUAUUUCUUUUUUUGAUUGUUAGUAGUCUCUCUUGCAAUUUUAAUCGCUUGUCCGUGCCCUUUGUUUUCAUCGUACAUGAACAUCGCUUGCAGAAGUACUCAAAACUGUCGCGCGUAUCAAACGCUUUAUAAGAUUACACAUCGUUAUAACUGAAACCAUUAAAUAACAAAAAAAAAAAAAAUUCGCUAUUAUGUUGAAGCGUGACUCUACUAAAGUUCAUUCAAACACUCGACCACACUGACAGCUCGCACUAUAGAAACGAAAACCAGCUGGCCGUAUGGGUGGUUUUGGAAAUUUUUGAACGGUUUCGCUUAAAGCCCACGAUUGAUCGUCCUGAAUAUUGACUGAGUGCAAUUUGUCUUGAAAAAUUGUGAAAUACCGCAUUCUGUCCGAGGUCUGUAUGAUAAAUAGUACUGUUUCACCUCAAAUGUGAUGUAUAAAAAUUCUAAAAGGUUGGUUUAAACACCGCCAGAUUUGUUGGCAAGAAUUUGUAAAGUAAACCUGUCGAACGCAAAAAAAAUCGACGUGAUUUGUUUUCCAAGAAUUUAUUUUCGAGGCCUAAUCUACUGUGAUCUUGAAUGUGAUCGAAGAUGUUUGUUAUUUUUUGGGUGUACAUAUGAGGUUAUCAAUUCGAUGUAAGAUGUUUCACUCUAAAAUAACUUAGCCUUUCCCUCAAAAGUCACAUGAAUGCGCCCUUAAGUUAACUGAUUUGUGAAUUAAAAGAUUAUUGUUUGAUUUAAAUUAUAAAUUUAUUAAUUGGAGCUUGGCUUUUGGCCCGGGCUAAAUCUAUAUAUUAGUUUUCACUUUAAGACCCCUUCAAAUGAACACUUUAAGACUCCUUAGAGUGUUCACCUUAAUACCCCUUAAAGUUUAUUUCGAGGGCAACGAGUAGGUUUUUGAGCAAUUUGAUGGACUUACCUGACAAUAACUUAAAUGGGUUAAAACUUUCCUGUUCAGAUGGAAGAGUUCAAUCUCCCCGCCUCUCUCCAUUUACCCAGCACUCCAGCUCCGCCCCUCGAAAGUUUAAUUCUCGAAACUACUUCUAAAACGUCUCAGCGGAUAAAAAGUCAGGGAAGGCUAAUUUUUUUUUUCGUAAGGAAAUGAGCAAGAGUGAAUUUUUUUGGCAGUUCUGGAGUCAGUUAACCAGCUCUUUAUUUUGGUUUGUGAAUAACGUAUUUUCAGACAAAGGGAGAGUGAACUGUUUUCUUUCUGUUAGAAUAAAUUGCAUUCUUAUCACAGGCAUUCAUAGAAUUAUGAACACAUAAUUCGAGUAUAAACAGAGAAAACAACUCGCAAUAUCAUAUGUCACACGUCUAGUUGUUUGGCAGCAGAAAAAAAGUAAGGUACACGAAGAUCAUUUCUUGAUGUUAUGCUAUGCUUUUUUAUCAUCAGAGGACUUCGGUAACUUCUCGUAUGAGGUAAAUCUGUACACCGAUAAGGACUACUCAAACAAAGUUGAUGAAUUUCCCUACGUCAUCGGGAUUAGCCAGCGGAUGUACCUGGAAAUGCGUGUAGAGUCGGGGGAUUCUGGACUGAUCUUGUUCCCGGAUGAAUGCAAGGCCACGCCCUCCCAGGAUAUCAAUGAUAAGCCGGAUCAUGCGAUCAUCGAAAACGCGUAAAUAACCACUAAAAUGUUUGGCUUUAGUCAUUCAGUCUAUGGGUCUAUGAGAAAAGAAAAAUAAAAGCAAAAUAUGUUGUAGCAAGUUAAACGAAGAGAUUCAGAAGCUUGUAAACAACGCCCCUUCAGUAAGGGAAUCCGAGUAAUUCUUAAAUUCUGGAAUCUACGCCGUGGAUUCCGGAUUCUACCAUUGUAGGCGCUGGAUUCCGGAUUCUUUGUCAGAGGAACUUAGGUUCCGGAUUCCAGGCGUUAGUGGGAUUCGGGAUUCAGUCCUUGAGCAGUAUUUUGGAUUCAAAAGCCCCAGGAUUCUGGAUUCUACUAGCAAACAUUUUCCGGAUAUUACAUGGGGCGAUGUUGGUGUUUAUAUUUUAGUCUUUGAGCCUAUAAGUCUUUGAAAAAAUUGAUAAAAUGAAUAAAUAAAUAAAGCAAAGCAUGUUAUGGUAAGUUAAACGACUAGUUUUGAGAAGUUUUGGCCAAUUAAAAUGUGAAAAAUAGAUUUAAACCCAGUCAUUUCAUGCAUUCCCGAGGCGAAAGAUGAUUCGGAUGAAAGAACGUUAUGAGAAGGACCGUGGUGCAGUUAAGAAAGAUGAUGUAAUAUGCUUACCAGAAGCCAGAGCUUUUGUUCUUUAGUUUAGUUUUAUUUUCUGAUGCCGCCAAUGAUCUUAGUUGUGCAACCUAAAUUUUGCGCUAAAAAAGUGUAAACUUAUUUGACAAAAAAAAGAUGUUUAUUGUGCUUUCGCUUUAAAAGGUUAUUAUUCUUUUUGUAGAUGUCCCCGAGACAAAACUCUGGAGUUUGAGUACAAGAUGUCUGGUGAACAGCGAUUUAGUUUAGUGGCCUUCCGCUUCAAAUCUGGUUAUCAAGACGUGUACAUACACUGUAAGAUGACUGUGUGUCGCUCGAAGGAAGAAGAGUCAAAAUGCGCCAAGGGAUGCCAGGAAAACGAGAAUGACUCCAGAAAGAAAAGGGAAGUGAAAGAUGAUUUCCUCAUUAAACAGUUCAUUGGGCCAAUCAAGGUCAAGGGAGAAGAAGAUAAAGGUAUGUAUUACUCACAGUACACUAUGAAAGACUUGUGUCAAGCACCCCUAUACAUACUUCACAUAAUGCUAAAGUAAUCUGCAUUAAGAUAGCAGCCUCCAAUACAGCAUAGCUGCCUUCUAGCUUCAGCGAUAUACGUUAAGGUUGUAAAGGAACUAAAUGUUUCAGUCAGACAAUACUUAUGUUUCAUAUUCACGAACGUAAUGCAUGCAGUCAAACAAUUGAACUUUAGGAAAACUCGCCCACCGUUCGCAAACUAAAUUAGCCAAGUUCAAAGAGAUAUAAUCACUCAAAAUCUUGGAUUUAUGUUUAUGUAGAGGUACCUUUUUGUGGCUAGCUCAGUUCAAGCAUAUGAAAGGGCAGAGUUUUCACUAGUAGAAGUAUAUGCUACGGUAGGGAAAUAUGUUAUUUCGCUCUGCCUAAAAGGGCUAGAGGAUACAUUAUAUGGCUGAGAAAAAGUCAAGAAAACGUUCUGGUUUUGUAAUUUAAUAAUCACUCAAAAUCGCGGAUUUAUGUUUAUAUAUAUAGGGGUACUUUUUUCUGGCUAGCUCAGUUCAAGCAUAUGAAAGGGCAGAGUUUUCACUAGUUGAAGUAUGUGAUAGGGUAGGGAAAUGUGUUACUUCGGUCUGCCCAAAAGGGCCAGAAGAUACAUUAUAUGGCUGAGAAAAAGUCAAGAAAACGUUCUGGUUUAAUAUUUUGAUACAUGUUAAAGCAGUUUAAUAAAGGGAUGUAAAAUUCUAAACUAGGUAUGUGAAUGGUGUACCAUUUGCAUGAUCCAAAAGCAUGCGAAAGGGUUAUCUUUUCUGUCAAACAUGGUAUAAGAAAGGGUAAAGGGUUAGACAGCGGGACCUCCCUGUAUAAAGCUCGUUAAGUAAACUCCUCCCCCGCCCCCGCCAAGUUUGAAAUCUUUUCACACGAUGAGUCCUUUCUGUAUGACCUCUUUCUGUCUCAGAUGCACUUGGAAAGAAGGCCUCCCAAGACAAUCCACAGAUGUUCACCCUGGUUGGAGUGUUAGUUGGGGUGCUUGGAGUCGUCAUGCUCGGUCUCAUAGCUGCACUGAUUAUUGUAAUCAGGAAACGCCGUACCGAGGAGAAUGCCGCCACCUUGCUAGUUUAUGAUGAAUAG